AUGGAUCCCCCACCCACUGCACCACCCACGGCUCAGCCGUAUUCCCCAGAGCAAGCGAUGUAUCGACCGGCGUACCCCCCGGGUCAGUAUCCAGUGGUAACUCAACAACCGGCACCGUAUGCACAACAGACUACCAAUACCACUGUAGUGGUGAAUCAGCAACCAGUAGUGGUUCAAAAGGCACAACGGAAUUGGAGCACUGGACUGUGUGGUUGCUUUGAGGACUGUGGCUCUCGUAAGUAUUCUUUAAGCGGCACUCAAAUGAUAGGGCAUAGGGUGGGCUGAUAGAGAAAAUUUGCCAGCGCCGCUGAAGGGGGCGAGGGUAAGGAAACUUGCUUGUCCGUUGUAGAGUAGACUUGCGAGAAGACGGCGAAUUUGUUUGCUAGAGCAUAUAAAAGGGAAUUUCCCUGGGUACCGUAAAGGACCAAUAGACUGCUUUACAAGGGAACACGCAGUAAUCUAGUUGAUUAAAUCGUCAAGCGGCGGCUUUUACACGAAUGAGAAUAGUUAUAACUUUAUUUAUUAAGUGUUAGUAUUUCUUGCUCGAAUGUACUCAUUGAGGGCAGUAUUCAGUCACGCAUCCUAAUAGAUACGGCUCCGCCAUUUUUACGUGGUCAUCCUAGCCACGCGAAGCGGUUUAUCCGUUUCGAAACCAUAGACAAUACGUUCUUACUCAGUUUUCUUAAGACCCCAAGUAUUGGUCCGGAUCCGGAAAUCGAAUACGCGACUUCCCGCUCUGCAAACAAACGCUCUUCCACCUGAGUUUACCCAGCCACGUGUAUUUUAUUUUGUUUGUGUUUCAAGUGUGUAGGGGCAUUUUCUGUCCUUUCUUCCUGCUGACUGAUGUUUCGUCCAGGAUGGGCGAAGGAUGUUGCUUUCCUUGCUGUUGCCCAGGUGCACUGUUGGGACUCAGGAUCAAGCUGAGAGUGCAGCAGAAUAUUCAGGUAUUCGACAGGCAUUAAGAGCUUUAAAAACAACCUCGUUAUACGGGACUAGUUUCAGUUCUUUAAGGAGCUUUGUCCCACAUUUAUGACUGAAGUUACAGUAAAUCAAGCCAUUUAAUAAAAAGAUGCCACCAACAUGAAUUGAAUGAAAAAUGAAAAUAACCAAUCCAGCCAUCAAAACAGUAAAAGAACGUUUAAAUAACACUGCAGAAAACUUUUUUUACGGCACUCAUAUUGUUAAGCACUGUGCUCUAAAUUUUAUGCUUUAGGCUUUAAGGCUCUCUAGUGAAAAGCGUUCUUGAAGCUUAUGUGAUUAUCUGUUGGCUUAGAGGAAGGAAAACGUUUAAUGAUCCUAAUUUUUAUGAGAGCCCUUUAAACUACAUUACUGGAGCAGUCUGAUUUUAUAGCCACCACUGCAAAAUUGUGGCAAUAUAACGUUUCUUCAAUAUAUUUGGUAAUUAUCUCCUCGACAGCACCUGACUCCCUUUCCCCUCCCUCAGCGUCUGUACGGACGUACUCGCGCACGAUCACGUGAUAACCAAAAUUUCUCGGAUGGAUGGUUGACCAAAUUUUCUAAGGUAUGGGGCUACGCUUGCGCACGCGAAGCGCGCGCUUGGAGCUCCGCUAUAAGAAGAAUACUGAAAGAAUACCAAGAACUUGCUUUCCGCAACUGCAAAAGUUGCGUCUAUAACAGCGAUGGUCUUCUUUCAUUUAAUUCUUCACCCCACAUUUCCUGUAUAUGAUUUUCAUAUAAUCAUUAUUUCAAUACCAAAGACAGGAUAAUUCACCCAUGACUGACUUCAUUUCAUCCACUUGCAGGGCACCCUUUUUGACGAUUAUUGUAAGGUCGAAUGUUGUCCACUUUGUGUUCUCUGUCAGCUGGCCCGUGAGCGUAAUCAUGUGGAACGCCGCGGUUAA